AUGGAGAACCGGACGGCGGGUAACGGCAGCUCCGUGGUGACGUUCCCCGGCGCCGUGCUCCUCCAGCAGUACAAGUCGCUCUUUAUCCUGCUAUACUGCGGCCUAAUGGCCGUGGCAUGCAUUGGCAACACCUUCCUGAUCGGCAGCAUCGCGGCAGACCGCAAACUCCACACCGUCACCAACUUCUUCAUCGGGAACCUGGCGUUGGCCGACCUCCUCAUGUGCCUGGCCUGCGUGCCCCCCACCCUCUCGUACGCCUUCGAGCCCCGCGGCUGGCUCUUCGGCCGCUUCCUCUGCCACCUGGUCUCGCUGCUGCAGUCUGCCCUGGUCUACGUCUCGGUGAUGUCGCUGACGGCCAUCGCAGUGGACCGUUACGUGGUGGUGGCUCACCCCGUGCGGCAGCGGGUGAGCCGCCGACACCAGGGCUUGGUGGUGGCCUCCAUCUGGGCCUUGGCCUUGGCGCUGGCCAGCCCGGCCUCCGCCCACAUGGCCUACGUGGAGUUGGGGACGGUGGGUCAUGACGUGAACGUGUGCGAGGAGUUCUGGCGGGGCCGGGAGGCCGAGCGCCUGGCCUACUCGUGCGUCGUGAUGCUGGCCUCCUACAUGUUGCCACUGUCUGCCGUCAGCAUCUCCUACUGCGCCAUCACGGCUCACCUGAGGAGGCGCCGGGUCCCCGGGGCGGCCGAGCAGAACCGCCUCCAGUGGAACAAGAGGAAGAGGAAGGCCUUCUCCCUCCUGGUGGUCUCCGUGGUAACAUUCGCCGUCUGCUGGAUGCCCCUCCAGAUCCUCAACCUGCUGCAGGACCUGGACGUUGACUUCACCCUCCUUGAUACCCGCUACCUCAACGUGGCGCAGAUCUCCUGCCACUGGCUGGCCAUGAGUUCCACCUGCUACAACCCCUUCAUCUACGCCUCACUCCACCAUAAGCUGUGCCUACGGCUGGGCACCUACCUCCGGCAGUGCAGGCGGCCUGGUGGCAUCCUCGCCGCCCGCCUCUCACCCUUUCACACCAGCGUCAGCCUGGUGUCCGAGCUCCCCAAGGCCGGAGCUGGGGUAGGAACCGGCAAUGCCUCUUACCUGGUCGACGCGCUCUGA